ACCAACAAAUGUUUUGUUUUCUAAAAGUACCAUUAACUUCAUUUUUCUGCAAUUAAGAACAAUAAUCUACAUAUUUUCUCUUUCCUCCUUUCAUCGUUUUGCUUCUCACUUUCGUUUGAUCUGAUCGGAAAAUGGACGAGAUCGAACUGAAGACUGCUCCAGCUGAUUUUCGAUUUCCAACUACAAAUCAAACUCGACACUGUUUCACCAGAUAUAUUGAAUUCCACAGGUGCACAGCAGCUAAGGGUGAAGAGUCCGAUGCUUGUGAAAAGUUUGCCAGAUUCUAUCGUGCACUUUGUCCUGGUGAAUGGGUUGAUCGCUGGAACGAGCAGAGGGAGAAUGGGACUUUUCCCGGGCCUCUGUAGUCACUAAAUGCUUGAUAAAGAUCAAUCUUUUGGCACUUGGAAACUUUAAAUUGCUCUCGAUUUCCCUCAACUAAUCACUUUUUUUUUCCUUAACUUGGCUGGAUUGAUAUAAAUUUCCAUUGAAAUUCUGGAAUUUUAUCCUCAUUGCUGUCCAUGUGUGACUUUCAUUGUUAGUUUCAGAUAAUGGUUAUCUUUGAUUGCGUUGCUUGUGUAUUGAUUUUAUGUUUUCGACCAUGCUAUUGUCAACCUGAGCUCAUAAGUUGAUCCAAAUUUGGCUCAGAACUUCUAAGAAAGUUAUCCUUUGUGAAGUUUUGAACUUGAUCCAAAUUAAACUUGAUUUCA